AUGGCCCAAGUCUUCUCACGCCAAUUUUCAGUCAAAUGGUGGGAUAAAUUCAAAGUUGACAGAAUUGCAGAAUAUGUCUACAGAGAUUUUCCUCAAAUUGCAGAUCCUCCAAAACCUAAGCCAUCCUCUUCCAAUGGAACUUCACAGUCUUCCCUCCAAGUUGAAGGAUCAAAAUCAGAAUUGCAAGAAAUUGCCCGUCAGUUGAUCAUUCAAGCUUCUCAAAUGGAAGAUGAUGAUGAUGAUGCCAGUCCAAAUUCUCAGUCAUCUACUAGUCAGCCUCAGUUGCCUCCGAACCAAAUGAGCCCUUCCCAAAAGAUGCUUUGGGUGGAUAGUCAAGAUCCCUAUGACCUCAAUUCAGACUAG